GAGCGCUUGUUUUACAGUUUAAUUAUCUGCUUAUUUUUAGUUUGUUCUGAACAAAGUAGCCCGUUCAAAGUUGUUUUCGUAGAACAGAAGCUUUCUCACAGUUUUAAAAUCUCGUCAUGUCAAAAAAUAGAUCCUUCAUCAAGAACCGUACAUCAACACCGUCGAAAAUUCCACGACCUUUUUCGGCCAGUAGCGACAGGGCCAAAUCGGCAGAACAAAAGUCUAGGACCUCAAUCGACUUCAGAAUCAACCAAACUGAAGAGAAAGAGCUUUCUCAAAUUCCACAACAACAAAUUGAGCAUGAAGUCAUAGAAAAAUCUUCGAAGAGACCGGCUUCAGCCUCAAUUUUCCGGUCCAAGGAAGUUACUUCACUAGAAUUGACUCGAAAAACUUCGGUUGACCCUAAGCCUUCAACUCUAAGCAGGGUUUCUUCCCGGAUUACAAUGUCUAUCCAAAAUUACGAGAGAAAUAAUCUUGUCAAGCCAGGUGAAGAGUUCGAUGCUAUACCGAAACUGGAAGAUGCAGUAGAUCACAUUCUUCCAAGUGCUUCUAUAGGGGACAGUUGGACAAACAAUCCUCCAAAAGUGAACGAAACCCCUGUUUUUAAAUAUGUUUACGAGGAAGAAUACGUCCCGGUGACGUCAUCGGAAGGGCCGGGCCGGAUCCGGCUGAGCAAAGUGAAGCGCCAAUUUGGUUGUCCCGAUAGCAGUACUUCGACAACUACAACGACGGCAAAGAAGCUCCCGGACGAUGGUAAUUUCCUGGAGAAAAGUUAUUGCGGGUUGCUCACUAUUAUGGCUCUCACCCUUAUUAUGGUGGGAACUUUAUUGAUUCUGGAGGUGGUCUUAAACUAUUCUCAAAUUAAUGCUCUUUGGAGAAGAGACCGGAAAACCAUGAAUCCUGGUUGGAUUAGCGAAUUGAUUAACAUGUUUGCUUUCAUAAGGCAUGCCCUCUUCUACAUGUUGGGGAUUGUAACUUAUGAAUGAUAAUGUAACUGUAUAUUUUGCUUUAUUUAUUUUAUGAUUUUUAUAUUUUGAUAACCCUUUAUUUAAAUAAAUAAACA